AUUCCCGAAACCGAAAAGCACCAGUGUCGAACAUCUGUUAAUGACGUCACAGCCUCACGACAACACGGCUACAUGAGCGAGUUUUGAAACAAAAUAUAACAAAAAAUAUGGGUAUAUGAAUAGAGUUUGUUAAACACAAGAGUUCACGUUCUGGAAGAGCUAAAGUCCUGACACAAAUAUGGCUUCCAGUCUGAUGCAUGUAUUAUAUCUACUCGCCACACUGAUAUACGUGUGUGGUGCCCAGGGGAUUAUCGGUUUCACUGUUGGGAUAGGAGAGACUAACUGCGUUUUGAAAAAGGCGAUCCGAGAAGGGGACAUCAUUGUUUUCAAAGCGACUCUGGCGAAGACUUCCAACGACUCGGAUUGGUUUUUGUUCUUUGUGUCCGCUGUAACAAAGAACAAAGCGAGCACGCCCAAAGUGGUUGCUGAAAUGUUCCUAAAGAGGUGUGUCACAUCUAUUAUGGCUUUAAGCAAAGCGGAUAAUGCGUCUUGCUUGAUGCUUGAUGAUCGCGUCUAUGUCACGUUGGAAAUGAAGGCCCAAAUGUGGAUGAGCGGAAUGGACUAUUUUGCCAGUUGGGUGCAUAUUCAAAAAGGCACAGUGAAAUCAAAGUCGAUGUCCGGACCAAAAGUUGUCGGCCUUGCACGCGAAAAACUAAUGCUCAAUGACGACGAGAUUGAUCUGGAAUCCGGCAGCAUGAAGUUAAAGCCCAACAUGCCAAACGAGCUGAAGUAUUGUGUCAAAGGACUUCUCAAGCACACUCUCACGGUUCAAAUCAAUGGGAAGAUAACCAACUCGGCCCUAGAUUGUGUGGAGACGGCCUUAAGCACCGAGGACAGGACCUUUGUGUCUCUUGGCUACGACGAGUUGGAAGGCGACUGCAAGCAGGCUUAUAGACAUCUCUUCGUCCUGAAAAAUGGUGAUGGAGUGGUAAUUGAAGUGCCCAGAAUAUUUCAGCGUUCAACUAGUGACAAUGGGGCCAGUCCAGCCACUUCUGAUUUUACUGGUCUCUUGGCUGCCAUCUUGUUUUUCUGGAUAUGUAUAUAUAUAUCUAAUUAGUGAAAAUCCUGUCUUCUGCUUCAAGCUUCCCACAAUGACAAGGAUGGUCUCAUUUGCAUAUAGGUAUUAUAUGCUUGCUCUAAAAGGCAUAAUGUUCUAUUUUUAAAUUUGUAGCAACACACUCGCACUUGUAUACACGCUUUCAGGCAUAUUUUGAUAAAGAAACUCACAACUGUACAUCUAUAAAUAGAUUAGGCAGGCCAUCAAGCAUGUUUAAGGGAGAUAAAUGUGGACUACAAUGGUCAGUGUUUCAAAACAUAAGCUUGCAAUGUUUUUUUUUGGGGGGGGGAUAUUUUCUAUACUUAUUAUGUGAGAAAAACAGUCAACUAAUGGUCACUUUCCACAUUUAAUGCUGUGUAUAAUGUAUAAAGAAGAAUAAAGAAUAAAAAAGUACGUGACAUUCUAA